CGCGCACAGAGAGGAGGCUCCUUGCCAGACAACCCGGUUUUUUCUUAUGAUAAAGACGGCAUUUGGCUCAUGAGCAAGGUGGCGAGGUCAUCAAGUGAGUCGGACGUGCAGCUCUGGGAAACAGAAGAGGAUGACAUGACAGAAGGGAGAAGAAAGAAGUGAAGCGAGUUUUCAGUAUUCCAAGCAUAAGAGCCUGCAAGAUACAUUCCCUCAAGUGUCCAGAAUGUCCAAUUACAGACGACAAAGUAGCACUGAUUCGAAUUCAGAAUUGUCAAAUGAAGAAUUAAGGCAAUGUCUUCAUGAAACUUUAGAGGAGGUAGAAAUUUUAAAAACUGAACUUGAGGCAUCUCAAAGACAACUCAGAGGUAAAGAGGAAGCAUUGAAAAUUCUUCAAAGCAUGGCAAUACUUGGCAAAGCCACAAGUCAUACGCAGGCAGUGCUUCAAAAAACUAUGGAACAAAACAGAUCCUUGAAGAAGGAAAUAAAUGCGUUGCAGUGGGAAAUAGAAUUUGAUCAUAAUAGAUUUAAAAAUAUAGAAGAAUCUUGGAUCCACAAAUAUGACAGGCUAAACUGUGAAAAUGCAGUCCUCAAAGAGAAUUUGAAAGUGAAAACAGAAGAAAUUAAAAUGCUAAAGUCUGACAAUGCAGUUUUGAAUCAACAGUAUUUGGAGGCCCUUGCCAUGCUUGAUAUCAAACAGCAGAAGAUGGCUCAGGAAAACAUGUGCUGUGAUAAAAGUGGCUUUGCAGAGGCUUCAGGUCUUGAGCUUGCAGUCCUCGGAGCCUGCCUUUGUCAUGGGCCCGGAGGGAGCCCCUGUUCUUGUGCCAGAAUGGCAGCGUCCACUCGGAAACUGCUUCUUCAGCUCAAACAAGAGUUGGAACUUUUGCAGAAGAGUAAAGAAGAAGCUUACAUGAUGGCAGAUUCUUUCAGAAUUGCAUUUGAGCAACAAUUAAUGAGAAAAAAUGACCAGGCACUACAAUUGACACAAAUGGCUAAAAUGUGUAAAAAAGCAACAAAAUGGAUGAAUUGGAAGCACCUUAAAGAGGAUGGAUUUCCAUCACCAAGGAUUAAGAAGACCUUUGGGCAGAGACUCCUGGGUAUGCUCCCUUCAGAAAACAGUUCUACGAGGAUGGAAGACCAGGACAGUCCUCAAGAGGUCCUUAAGAUGCUCAUAGAUUUGCUGAAUGAUAAAGAAGAAGCUUUGGCUCAUCAAAGAAAAGUUAGUUACAUGCUUGCUCGGGCACUGGAAGACAAGGACACUGCCUCAAAAGAGAAUAAAGAAAAAAAUCCUACAAAAGAGAAUUUCCCUUUCAACAACCCCCGGCAUAAGACUUCAGAAUUCUCUGUCUUGGGUGAUCCUGUACAUUCAAGUGUCCACAUUUCAAAUUCUGUGGGCUGCAUUUGUUCAAUCCAGCACUCUCAAAUAGAUCCAAACUAUAGAACUCUUAAAAGAUCCCAUUCUUUGCCAUCAAAUAUCAUAUUUUAAAGACAAGCCAGUUGAAAUUGGAACUGAGAGUUGUUUAUAUCAAGAGACUUUGAAAAAUGAUUUUGUAAAUUUUGCUGCAUCUUGAGAAGUUGUAUGUUUCCUAGGCAUUUCUAAAUUUUAGGAGGCCGCUUAAAUAUUUUCUACAUUUUCUUUUUCUUCUUUUGAGAUGGAGUCUCGCUCUGUCGCCCAGGCUGGAGUGCAGUGGCGUGACUCGGUUCAUUGCAACUUCUGCAUCCCGAUUCAAGCAAUUCUCCUGCCUUAGCCUCUGGAGUAACUGGGAUUACAGGCAUGUGCCACCACGCCCAGCUAAUUUUUGUAUUUUUAGUAGACACGGGGUUUUACCAUGUUGGCCAGACUGGUUUCAAACUCCUGACCUCAAGUGAUCCACCUGCCUUGGCCUCCCAAAGUGCUGAGAUUACAGGCGUGAGUCACUGCACCCAGCCUAUUUUCUACAAAAAAUUAGUAUUCUGUGUUGACAUUUUAUUUAUAAAUUACAUUACUGUAUUUAUUUUAUUUACAAAUUACAUUACAGGCCGGGUGAGGUGGCUCAUGCUUGUAAUCUCAGCACUUUGGGAGGCUGAGGCAGGUGAGUCACCUGUGGUUGGAGUUCGAGACCAGCCUGACCAACAUGGAGAAACCCCAUGUCUACUAAAAAUACAAAAAAUUAGCUGGGCGUAGUGGCGCAUGCCUGUAAUCCUAGCUACUCUGGAGGCUGAGGCAAGAUAAUCACUUGAACCUGGGAGUGGUAGGGUAUGGUGAGCCGAGAUCGCGCCAUUGCACUCCAGCCUGGGCAACAAGAAUGAAACUCUGUCUCAAAGAAAACAAAAAAAAUUACAGUGUUUGCCAACAUCCUAUAACAAAAAAUGAUUUUUGGGAAAAACAAAAAAUUAUUUACGUAUUUUGAUUGACUAUAGGGAUCUUGAUUGGCUAAAUCAACAAUAUAACAAUGUAUCUUAAUGCUCUAAGAAGUAACAAUACCUAGGAGUGACUGAAUGUUAAUUUUUGGAAUACAUUUAUCUUAUUUGCCUUUUUCGGUAAUUUUCAUUUACCGUAUAAAGUUUAGAAAUAGCAAUUUCCUUAACUUCAAUAAGACAGUUAUGAUGGUGGCAGAGUAUAUUGAGUCAUUGCCGGCUGCCUUCAUGGCUUGUCAGGGUAGUAACAUUUUGCAGCCAAAUCUGCAGAUUUGUAGCCAAGUCUACAAAGUACUUAACAGCUCUUUUCAUUGCAUCCUGUGAGAUGGUUGUGAUGAUCCAGAAAAUGGGGUCACAGGAAUCUUAAGCUGCCUGAGCCAAGGUGAUUUCUAGGAGUUUUUUCGUUUGUGGUGAGUUGGGGUGUGUGCAGUUGGGGUUUGUGUGUAGACAGGGUCCCACUGUGUUGCUCAGGCUGGCCCCAAACUCCUGGCCUCAAGGGAUCCUCCUGCCUCAGCCUUUCAAAAUGCUAGGAUUAGAUUACAGGCAUAAACUACCACAACUCAAUAAAAAAGUUUUAAAAAAUUUACAAAGCUCGUAUUUGAUCCAGCUAGGAUUUUACCCUGUACAUUUGUAUUUCUUGCAGGCUGGUGCACAGAUAUCUUAAAUGGCUACUAAUUGCUGCUCUGCAUAUGAAAACAAAUGGCUAUCAAGGCUGGAGGCAGUGGCUCACAGAUCGGGUCUGAAUCUCAUGAGUCCAGACCAGUCCAGAGUUCAAGACCAGCCUGGGCAACAUGGUGAAACCCCAUCUAUACAAAAACUCAGCAAGGCAUGGUGGCAUGCACCUGUUGUCCCAGCUACUCAGGGGGCUGAGGCAGGAGAAUGAUGGCAUGAGCCCAGGAGCUUGAGGCUGCAGUGAGCUGUGAUCGUGCCACUGCACUCCAGCCUGAGUGACAGAGUGAGACCCGUCUCCAAAAAAAAAAAAAAAAAGGCCAUCAAUAUAAAAAUGUUCAUCUAAACUACUGUACAUCCAUACAAUGGAAUACUCUACAAAAUGGAGCGAUCCAUACGAUACAGCAAAUGAAUAAAGCAAAAUGCAUGGGUUGACA